AUAAGAAGUACAGUAUUAUUAACUAUAGUUACCAUUUACAUUAGGAUAAGCUUUAAGUUCAUACAAAGAAGCUAGAUUUUUUAUUCUCCAAAAAGUAAAAGGACCUCCUAUAUAAUAUACAGAAAUAAUUUACUGCCUUUUCACAAGAAUAUAAUUCAAGCUUUGCUAAAAUUUCAUAUUCUAUGAAGGCAUCCAAAAUUCUAAUCCUUGGAACAGGCACUUCUUUCUUCUUCCCCUGUCCAUUUAUGUGGUAGUCUUUAUGGAUUUCUGGUUGAUGUCUCAAAGGCCAAGAGGUUAUCUAGGACUUAAUCCCUGUUUUACUGGAAUUAGGGCUGGAGGAUGGUCAUCAUCUCUUGAGUCUCCUUCUCCACUUCAGUACUCCCCCUGCCAUGGGAUCCCAGAGCUGUAAUUUCCUCAGCCUUGGACACUUUUCUCUCUUUGUAGGUUGUACUAUUCUAUUUCAGCUUGAGCUGCCUUGGCCUGCUUCAGCUUCCAUUUAUUUUGCAUGUGGACCUUGGACACUUUCUGGGCACCCACUUCCCAGCCUGUAGAAGCUGCCGUAAAUCCUGUAACUGACUGGCCUUGGUGGUGGGGAUGCUGAGGCUAGCUGGAUCACUCCCUUGGGUCACCUGACCCAGCUGCCCAAGAUAUGUGCCUGUGCCAGUGCCUUGUGGGCCAUCCUCUCCUAUCUUUUUUAAUUUUUACAAGUAACUCUCUGAGGUUAAGCCUAUAGACAAGGAAGCACACUUGGACUAUAUAAAUUUCUCAUGGUCACUUGCUUCUGUUUAGCUCACUCCAAACCUCAUGUUUUUAUUAUUUUACCUCCACUCUGCCCUGACUGAUAAUAGGAACCCCCAAAACCAUACCACCAAACUCUUACACUCCUGCAAAUAGACCAGUAUUCUUUCUGCAGCUUUGCCUUUUAACCCUUACCGCUUCUUGUCCCAGGGCCAUUUCUGAACAGUAGAGGUAACAGUUACUCCACUGAACAACCAGUUCCAAAUCCUGUCAUCAAAUCCUAUGUUCCUGUUCAAAUGGUAAUACAUGCAUAAUAUUUCUUUUAUUUUAAAAGAAAUGAGUGUAACUAAUAUUGCAUUAAGAGUUGAAACCUGGCUUUUAGCUACAUGGCAUGUUAAAGUACCUCUAAUGUGGCUGGAAGCUUGUAUUAACUGGAUCCAAGAAGAAAAUGAUAAUGUUAAUUUGAGUCAGGCACAAAUGAAUAAACAAGUGUUUGAGCAAUGGCUUCUUACUGAUCUGAGAGAUUUGGAACAUCCUGUUUUACCUGAUGGCAUUUUAGAAGUUCCAAAAGGAGAACUGAAUGGAUUUUUCGCUCUGCAGAUUAAUUCAUUGGUUGAUGUCAGUCAACCUGCGUAUUCCCAGAUACAAAAGUUGAGAGGAAAGAAUACAACGAAUGACCUAAUUACAGCUGAAACACAAGUAACCCCAAAACCUUGGGAAGCAAAGCCUUCACGAAUGUUGAUGCUACAGCUAACUGAUGGAAUAGUACAAAUGCAGGGAAUGGAAUAUCAGUCUAUUCCAGCUCUUCAUAGUGAUCUUCCGCCAGGUACAAAAAUUCUGAUUUAUGGAAACAUUUCUUUCCGUCUUGGUGUUCUCUUAUUGAAACCAGAAAAUGUGAAGGUGUUGGGAGGAGAAGUAGAUGCUCUUUUAGAGGAAUAUGCCCAAGAAAAAGUACUUGCAAGAUUAAUUGGGGAACCUGAUCCUGUAGUUUCAGUCAUACCAAAUAAUCCUAACCAAAGCAUCCCUGGAAUUACAGAUGUUCUAGAUCCUGCAUUAGGACCUUCUGAUGAAGAACUCUUGGCAAGUCUUGAUGAAAAUGAUGAGCUUAUAGCAAAUAAUGACACCUCCUUAGAAAGAAGAUGUUUCAGUACAGGUAGUUCCUCAAAUACUAUUCCCACAAAGCAGUCAAGUUUUGAACCACGACAUAUUAUUUCUCCAAAACCAAAGGAGGAGCCACCAAAUCAAUCUAUGUAUUUCACUGAUGGGGAAUUAGAUGACUUUUCACUGGAGGAGGCUUUGCUUUUAGAAGAAACUGUCCAGAAAGAACAAAUGAAGACUAAAGAAUUACAGCCAUUGACUUUGAACAGAACCCCAGAUGAAAGUAUAGAGAGAUUUUCACAUAAACCUAAUACUCCAGAUAAUUUUUCUUUGAUUUGCAAAAAUGGAAACAGUAUUUGGAAUGAAAAAAAUGUGUCUGAACAAAUGACUAAUGAAGGCAAAUCUUUUAGUUGUCCGUCUGCUGGAGAGCAAAGCAGUAGUAUUUUUUCAGUUCAUAAUGUACCCCUUCCCCAUGAUUUUACAAAUAAAGAUAAGGACUCAGAGACAGAUAAUAAAAUAAAACAAACCUUCAGUAGUGCAGAUGGACAUUCCUUAAAUAAUAAAAUAUCAAUAUCAAAUGGAGAGCUGGUAAAUUAUGUACCAAAAAGGAGUUCACACAUUUCUAAUGAAAAUGACCACCAUUUACAGACUUGUUCUUUAAGAUCAUCAGAGAACAGCGCUAAUCUUUCUAUUGCCAUGGAUUUAUAUUCUCCACCCUUUACCUAUUUGUCUGUUCUAAUGGCCAGCAAACCAAAGGAAGUUACAACAGUGAAGGUCAAAGCAUUUAUUGUAACCUUAACUGGAAAUCUUUCAAGUUCUGGUGGCAUUUGGAGUAUAACAGCAAAGAUUUCCGAUGGUACUGCAUAUCUAGAUGUAGACUUUGUAGAUGAAAUACUUACUAGUUUGAUAGGGUUUUCAGUACCAGAAAUGAAACAGUUAAAAAAAGAUCCUCUUCAAUACCAGAAGUUCCUGGAUGGUUUGCAGAAGUGUCAGAGAGAUUUAAUAGAUUUGUGCUGUUUAAUGACUAUUUCAUAUAAUCCCUCCUUGUCUAAAGCAAUGGUACUGGCAUUACAAGAUGUUGAAGUGGAACACCUGGAGAACCUGAAGAAGCGACUGGAUAAGUAAUUUAAUAAAAUAGUAUUAGAAAACAAUUAAAAAAAAACCCAAGAAAAUAUUUAGAACUAAAUUUGACCUUUUAUGUUUGAAACUUUUUUUUUCUUGUAAAAGGGAAAAAGGAAGUCUUAUAACUUAUUUCAGUUUAAUUUUUAAAUGUUUAAUCAUGUUUGUGUAUUUAGGUUUUUUAAAUAAAUUUUUUUUAUAGUAACAGAUGAAAGAAUUUGGUGACCCAUUGUUGUUUUGUUUUCCACUUGUCAUUCCACUUAAGAUGAUUGCUAAAGUAUUGUGUUGGUGUUUACUGAUGAGUCAUAUUGUUUGAAGUUAGCAAUUAUAAAUAGGUAGUUGUACUUCUAAUAUGUUGAGUACCCAAAGAGAUUUUUUAAUAUUAUUAUACUUAGGAAAAAAUCUAAAUCCAGUGGAUCAGAAUGUCAGGCUUUCGAUGCAAAAAUGCUUUGUUUGUUUUUAUUUUGCUGAUAGUAAAUAUUUGUCUGGUAUACUUAAGGCAAAUAUUAUGUUAACUAGAUACUAUUUCAGAGAUUAUAUUGAAUGGUUUAAUUAUUUUCAAGGAUAAUUGAUCUCAAAUGGCAUAUUGAAAACUUGAAUAUAAGAUUCAGUAAAUACUUUUUUUGGAUUAAAAUAAGGUGUUUUGUCCAUGUCUUAUGUAUUAUACCCCCCCUUUUUUUUAAAGAUUUUAUAUAUUUAUGACAGAGAGAAUACAAACGGGGAGCAG